AACACAAGAAAGGAAAAACGUCAUCACGUUUUGUUAAGGCACGCUGGGUAAUUUUGCUUUCUCUUUCCGGUUGAUACGCCAUCAAAUAUCCAACAUGGGGGCAUAUCGGUAUAUGCAGGAGUUAUGGCGUAAGAAGCAGUCAGAUGUGAUGCGCUUCUUGCUCCGCGUGCGCUGCUGGCAGUACCGUCAACUGUCAAACCUUCACCGCGCACCAAGGCCAACCAGACCCGAUAAAGCGCGCCGCCUGGGUUACAAAGCCAAACAAGGGUAUGUCAUUUACCGUAUCCGUGUGCGCCGUGGAGGCCGUAAACGCCCCGUACCCAAGGGUGCCACCUAUGGAAAGCCAGUGCACCAUGGUGUCAACCAGAUCAAGUUUGCCCGCAGUUUGCAGUCCACCGCUGAGGGUCGUGCUGGCCGUCACUGCGGCGCCCUGAGAGUGCUGAACUCCUACUGGGUGGGCGAAGAUUCAACCUACAAGUUCUUUGAGGUGAUUUUGAUUGACCCCUUCCAUAAGACUGUCAGACGCAACCCCGACACCCAAUGGAUCACAAAGGCUGUGCACAAGCACAGAGAGAUGCGUGGCCUGACGUCUGCAGGAAAGAAGAGCCGUGGGCUGGGCAAGGGCCACAAGUUCCACCAGACCAUUGGAGGGUCCCGCCGUGCUGCCUGGAAGAGGCGUAACACCCUACAGCUGCACCGUUAUCGUUAGAGCGUGCCACAUCUCUACUUCUGGAAAAAAUAAAAUGUUUUUGUGGUCAAAUAA